UCAUGCAUCUGUUCCAGCUGUCACAUGAUUGACCCAAAAUGGCUGCCCCCAUGGCAAAGUUUCGAGUCUCCUACUACUUUGGAGCAAACCAAGCGGCCAAUGUCCGUGUCUCCCACUUGUAAGUAGUUUCCCGAUCACCCAAAGCACCUCCGUGACGUUGGAAACAUGGAGGCGGUGAACAGCAGUGACGGGAAACAGUCGUCCCACCCGUUCGGGAGAGAGGAAGCGGUAGCGGUCAGUCAGCUGUUCGUUUGCUUCUGCAACAACGUCUCUCUGGGCCAGUGGGAGCUGGCGCGAGCCUGCGUGGAACAGCUGCACAGGUGCAGGGAGAAAACUCCGUGUGACAUCCAGGAUAUUCUCAAGGCCAUCGCACAGCACCCUUAUGAACUAAGGUCUGGUGGAGUGUCUGUCCCCACACCCCAUCACCUGUCCUGGAUGUGUCUUACAGAGUUUCAAGGGCUACAAACUCAGGAACAACUUCCAGCAAACAUCCAUCUAGACAUCUAUCAGGAUGCAGAGUUUCGACUUUUGUUAUUCGAGGCUGGAAAGGGAGCAAGCCACAAUACCUUACAGGAAGUGUACAGGUUUCACUGCUGUGCCAUCACUAAGAGGAACAGCAGCCGGGAACACCAGCUCGCGACCCUUACUGGUCUGAGUACCGAGGCCCUGUCCUUCCUAAAGGCUGUUCUGCAAGAGACACCUACCUUGGGACAUGCCAUUCUAGCACACCUCACUGUGUCAGAAGACAGAGAGAUGUACCUGCAACACAACCAAGCCUUACAGAAGCUGUAUAUAGACUGUAUAUUUGAAGAUCUCAAAACUCUGAACAACUUAAAAGAGAAUGGAGAUCAUACAGAAAGAUCACGUGACAUCUGUAGACAUCUCUAUGAUAUACUUGCCCUGCUGAACCCUUCGAGAGACAUGGUGGACCUCAAACUUCAGGACCUGUUUAGUGAGCUGCUUAGCUUCGUCAACAGAGACCAGCCGUGUCUGCAACUUAGUGCAAUAAACUCCUGUCUCCUGGGCAGGCAGGACUCCUGGCUGCUGGAGGAGUUUGCAGCUGUUGAAAAUGAAAUGAGGAUAAGGACUAGCAGACAGAGAUAUGCUGAGAGAGUGAUGAGUGGGUCAGAAGAGUCUAAUAAAGAUGAGACUGAUGACCAGGUCAUCACCAUGGCGAUGACCAAUGGAGAGGACAGGAUGGCCGUAUGGCAGAACUUGUUCUUCAGGUGUCUGCGGGGCCAGAGACACAUCCUGGAAGAUGUUAUGAGUACAGCAGUGUCCCUUGUGAAGGCUGGCCAGUUUGAGGAGCUGGCUGCCCUGCUGGCACCGGCAGAGUUCCAGCCACUGCGCCCCCUGGUGCUGCUGCUGGGGUGGAACCACUGCUACGGCUGCCACAACAUCUCCAGACUCAUGGACGGGCUGUGGAACACUCAGGCCCUGAGUGACCAGGCUGAGAUGAUGCAGAGCCAGCCUGUCCUGUCCCAGGCCUGCAGGAACCUGGCUUAUCAAGUUCAGCUGGUGCAAUGGUGUCUGGACAAGACCAGGCCCCUGGUGAUCGAGAGUGGAGCCCCCACCACCCACCAUGACCGAGCCAGCGAGCUGUUUCAGGGCCUGGAGUUCCACUCGGUCCUGUUCAUGCUGCACCAGGCCACCAGUCUGGCCAGGCUGAACCAGGAAGAGGUGCUGGACCUGCUGCACAAGCAGCCAUCACUGCCCACAGAAGAAAACUCUUCAAAGAAGAUUGUGAGGUUUGCUCCUGUGGAUGAUGACAGUGCUGAGGACAUCUCCAUCUCUGAAGGACCACAGAGUCUCCAGCAACAGAGGGACAUUUCCAUAUACAGGGGUUACUGUGCCAUAAGAUGCUUCAUGGACGCUAUCCUGCACGGCCAGGACCUGGGGAUGAAAGCCAGGGCCAACAGCAGCCUGUCUGCGGGAAGCAACAUCAGCGGCACCCAGCCUUCUGCACAGAUGGAAGAGAUGUAUGGCAGACUUGUCACAAAGAACCUGGAGGUAGGGAAGGACCACCUGUCCCAGAUCCAACCCCUGACCUUCCGAGCUGAGGUGCUGGAGAACAUCUUCUCCCUGCUGUUUGUCACCCACGACGACCUGCUCGACGACAGGUCAGUUCUGUCCGACAGCGGAGGGGAGGAGGGGCAAUACGAACUGGACAGGACAAACCGCGGGUCGAGAAGAGAGAGUCUACUCAGCUGUCCACCCUCCCUGGACAGCAGUGUGGAGAUGGUAUCUAGCACUGAGGUGUACAGAAUAUUAGCAGACAAUAGCACCACAUGGAAGCCAAAUGUACCGGGAACAGUGUUAGACGCCAUAGUCCAGGCAAGCGAGGGGAUAGCUAUAGGCAAAGAAGCCAUGGUCCCUGAGAAUAGAGAAGAGGUAACAGCUACUAAAGAAGAACCCACCACCAAGAGGAAAAAAGGGAGGGACAAGAACCAUCAUCCUAGUCUGUCGGACAUUGCAGAGCCGGCCAGUGAGGACAGGAAUGGGUUGUCAGGGCACAGCAGCGGGAGAAGUGGGGAUGGUUGGACCCGGGAGGUGCCCAGGCUGGGGUUUCUGAUGGAUGAGUGCUUGGUACGAGACAUCCUGGCUGUGCUGAAGGAGUGCUUUCUUAACCUCAAGUCUGCCAGGUUUGCCAAGCUAGGGCAGGGCCAGAACGGAGAAGAUGAGGACCUCCUGAAGUGUGUGUCGUCCUCCAUUACGGAGAGCUCCUUGCAGCAGAGAAUCUCCAGGCUGGACCAGUGCAUUAACGAGGCUCAGUGGCGCUUCCAGCUGGUGGUACCAGAACAUGUCCCAAAACAGCCAGGUCUGAUUGCUGUGGGAAGCAGAGACUCGGGAGACACCAGCAGUGGUGAUGAGAUGGGAAGUUACUACAGCAGGUGGGAACAAGACAAAAGGAGUAAAAGACAAAGAAAGAAACGGGGGACUUCAUCUAGCAGAAGCAGGAGUGAGACAGCUACUUCUCAAGGAACUGGGGCAGAAAGUGAGAAGUCUUUCCCAGGCAGUGAGCAGGUGACUGGCACACAGACUGGCACGGCAACUGAUGACAGUGACAAGGGCAGGCGUCGCAGGAGGAGGAACCACAGCGCUCGAUACAGCUCAGCAGCCAGUUCUCUUGUCCUUAAAAGGAAAACAGGCAUUAUUCCCAGGAUGUUGGCCACCAAGGGCACCCUUCUAAACAUGUGCUUACAAAGAGGCAAUUACACUCAGGCUCAUCAGGUUAUCAAGAUGUUCCAGUUUAAGAAUGAAGCCAACGUCGCAGAGGUCAAGUUCUCGGAGAACUACGAAGCAGCAAGCAAGCAGCUCCAGUCAGUGGAGGUGAAGUCCAAAGGGGGCAACACGAGUGGCAAAGCAGACAAGCCUGCCGCGAUGAGCAAGUCGCCGCUGGGUGCCAUCGCCAGUGCCGCUGCAGCGGGGAUGGCCUCGAUGUCUCUCAACAACAUUGUAGACCAGCUGCUGAAGACAGAGAGACUUCCAGCUGUUGUGUGGGCUGAUGAGGAGGAGAUGGCCACGAAGCCCCUCAUCUGUUCCCUGAUUAGGAGUGAGAACGUCCCCGCCAUGAUCAUUUUUGACUUGGCCUGCACUGCCACCAACUCCUGGGAGGUGUCCAGGUCUCUGCUGGAGAUGGCUGACAAGAAAGUCACACCUGCAGUCAAGAGCCAGGAACUGCAGACGAACUACAAGCUUGGAAAGGAAGACCAACACAGGAUCUCAAAGGCUGAGGAGAGCAUUGCUGGCUUUGAGUCUGUCUUCAAGCAGAUUGUGGGCGUUGUGGGGAAGGACUCGGGGGAGAGCUCUUCUCUUAUACGGCCAGAGGUUAAGGCAAAGUUCUUCCAACACAGUGCAAGGGACGUUUUAGGCAGAGGUUCCACGUCCUUGGAUGGGGAGGAACUGCGAAAUCAGGUCAGCAGUCUGCUGGAGAGGGAGAAAGCUGUGGAGAGACUGUUCAAGGCCCUGUCUGAGGAUGGAGAUAUGCAGACAUUGGAGGGAAAGACUGGCAAGGCAAAACGUAGUGCAGUUCAACAGGCCAUGCAACACUUGAUCAAAGUAUACGACGGUUACCCUGUGCUGUGCAGCAGCCUGUGGCACAUGGAGCAGCUGGAGAGUCUUGGAGAUGAGGACGUGCAGUGGGCAGACUUCCUUAGGAGUCUGUACACCCACGUCAGCACCAUGACAACCCUGCUCACAGAACACCAGGAUUUGGCCAAGCAGAGUAGGGCGUCCCAGGUGAAGCCUGGCAACCCUUUUCUGGUGCUGACUGAAGGACCCACCUACACUCUGGGCAAACUGAUGUUUGACAAUGGAGUGCCUCCCGAUCAAUUGCAGACCGUUGCUGAGCAGUUACGGAUGGACCUGGUGCAUGUGAUCGUGCAGAGUUGCUGUCCCAGGGUACCUCUCACCAUGGAGCAGUCUCCAACCUCUGGGGACUUGUGGGUUCUGAAUGCAUCAGACUUUACUGAGCAAGAUGACACGGAUCAGAGCAGGAUCUCCCCAGUAGGAUUGGCUGAAGACUUGCUGUCAAGGAUGGUCAACUUGCUGAAAGCUCAUGCCACAGACGGAGUGUUUGACCACAGGGGAGGCGUGCAGGUCUGUCAGUCCUCAGACUACCAUGACCUGGCAGCAGCAGCUCAGCAGUUGGAGGCAGUGGAUCUGAGUCUCCUCGGUACCGACGCGGAGAAGCUCUGCUUCUUUGCAAACGUCUUCAACCUGAUGCUGGCCCAUGCUGCCCUGGCACAGCUCGCGGCCAGGAGGAGGACCGGGAGUAAAGCUGCCCCCUUCGCUCUGUUCCAUUGUAGCCACCCACUCGACAGUGUGAUCUGGCUCAGCAGCAUUGCCUACAACAUUGGCCAGAUGGGGACAGUAAGUGCCCUUGACUUGAGGUUCCUGGUGUUGCAUCAUGGUUUGCCCCUCCCCUCCAACUACUCCCUGCUUAAGAACAGACUCCAUGGACUGUCUCCAAACGACCCCUGGCAUGAGUUCCUGCCCCCUGCGGACCCCAGGGUUCUGUUUGUGCUGACAGAGGGGGCAGCUUCUUCCCCACCCCUUCAGGUGCUGAAGCCAGAUGAAGUUGAGCUGCAGCUGGAGACAGCCAUACGUCUGUACCUGGAGACACAGCUGGCAGUGGACGAGGCCAUCUUACAUGUGAAGAUUCCACAGUUGCUGGACUGGUACAAGGAAGACUUCCUUGGUGAAAACCAGUCACCCGAUGACCCCCUCCUGGCGCUGAUGUCAGUGCUGGCAGACCACUGCCCUCCCCACCUGGCUGAUGUGCUGUGGAAACUGGAGGCCCAGCAGGAACAGUCUGGACAAUCCCAGCCAAGGACCACCUAUUCUCUGGUUCCAUUUGAUGCAACAUUCCAGUAUGCAUUCAUGUUUGAACGACCCAUUGAUUCAAGGCAUGCAGAGAUAGACCAAUCCCAACUUUUGUCAUCAGCACAGGACUCUGCACCAAGGACAGAUGAACAGUCUCCAAUGUUUAGAAUAUCUGGCACAACUCAGCAAUACUUGAGGAAUCGGUCUUACUUGGUGGCUACUCUAGCUCAGCUUAUCUGUAGACAAAGUGAGACAUCCUCAAGGCAGAGCACAGAAGAGCCAGAGGACCAUGAGGCAGAGUCAGAAGUUCAUGAGGACAGUGAGACAGACAUCAACCAGACAGUACAGUCUACCAAGUUACACAUAGAAGACGAGUUUCCAGUGUUGCACAACUUCAUCCACGCUAUGGUGCUUCCUCUUUCCAACCAGCUGACAGACUCCUUUGAAGAAAGAAGGUCGGCCAGUUCUACUGCCAUCGUUCCCAGUCUUCUUUCUAGUCACACAGAUGCGAGAUUAGCUGGCAACGUGAAAGAACUCCUGCUGCAGCUGUUACAACAGGGGAGGCUGCAGGAGGCAGUUGACAUUGUAGAAAAUCACAGCUCUGCCCUUGAUGUGGAAAACGCAGCCCUACUGUGCGACUUUGUGCUGUGCAGUGCUGGUACACAGACAGAUACGGAACAACCCCAAAGCUGGAGAUACCUCCUAAGAGUACAGGAUCCAGAUCUAUCUGCUCAUCUGGUGUUGGCCUGUCUGGGUCAGUGGCCUGUGGACGUCUGUGUGGAGCUACUGGAGAUGUGUGCAGGCAGCAGUCUCAGGUCCUCUGCACUCCAGAAGGCAGUGGAGAAGGCAUUGCAGGAGAUGAAGGUUUACCAACGGAUCGUGAACUGUGCCCUGCAGGCUGCCCCAGCAGUGUACCUUGAGGAGGAGACAGGAUGCAGCAGUCUGGAUGCAGACGUGAGCGCAUUCACCAGGUGGCAGGCCGUGGCAGAGGAGUCUGUCGCCAAUCCUAACAAGAUCCUGGGAAUACUGCUGAGGGCAAAGGACUUCGCUACAACCAGGGAGUGGGCAGAACUGCAUAAUGUUCCACAGAGGCUGAAGCAGAUGGUAGAGGAGCAGUAUGUCAUCUCGCUUCUUGAGCAUGGCAGACACAAGGCAGACACUACCAAAGCGUACCAGGUGCUGCAGAACCUAGGAUCCGAGUCCACCUGCCUCUCAGUGUGUGAGAACAUCCUCCCCAAGCUGCAGCUGGUGGAGAGUCAGCUGUUCCUGCUGCAGUACCUGCUGGAUCAUCUGCAGAAUGAGCUGCAGUUGGACAAGCUGCAGCAGCUCUGUCUCAGGAAAAUGGGUGCCAAGGCCCUCCUUUGCCUCCCAUCAGGAGCCCGUGGGGAGUACGAACAUCUGGUGACCCGACCUGACCUCAUCCUGGAGCAGCUGCUCAUGAACAUGAGGGUUGCCUGGGCCUCCCAGGUGGUACAGGUUCUCCAUGAGGAGUUGAAAAUGAGUAGAGACAUAGCCGACCUGCGUUUUGACCAGCUAGAUUCCAUACUGGCCAAGUAUGCUGCCAAGGCACUGGACUUCCCUGUGGUGCAGUACCGGAAUACUGCAGGUGACAGCAGCAGCCUGUACAGCACCAGUGCCAGUGGUAGGAGCUCAGCCAGCCUCCUCAGCUCGAGCGUUGGACAGAAGAGUCCUGUUCCCAGCAGGAAAGUUAAAACCCACGUGGGAGUCAUGGCGGCUUCAGGCUACAUCCUGCCUGAAGCUCCUCCCAACAGGGCUCAGUGGGUCCCCGAUGAGGAUGUCACACACUGCAUGGUCUGCAAGUUUGAGCAGUUUGGGAUGUUUAACCGUCGGCAUCACUGCCGGAGAUGUGGCAGGGUGGUGUGUUACAGCUGCUCCGGCCACAAGGUGCUGGUGGCUGGCUAUGGGGACAUCCCUGUCAGGAUAUGUGCGGAGUGCUAUGAGCAAUUCUACAGGGGAAGAUCCCGCCCCUCCAGUCCACAGUUGGAGGACAGACUGAAGGCCAGACUAGCAGGUAUCAGUGCCAGCCCUGUGGCCAGCGGUGCUGGCAGUGCCACCAGCGAGGCGCUGGAGCCAGACAUCCACCAGGAGCAGCUGGACCAGCAAUGGAGCUGGAGGCUGGAGUUAGAGGAGGACAGGAACACUGCAGUCAGGGAUGAGUUCUAUUAUGAACAGGCCCCCAACACGUCCCUGUGCGUGUCCCUGCUGAACCUCCACAGUGAUGACCGCGCUGCAGGACAGCAGAUGGUGCAGCUCAGCCACGCCCUGUCUCUCAACCUCAACUAUCCUGAUGUGGACUCAAGUCUCAUUAUAAGCAUGCUGCGGUACCUGCUGUUCAAUGCCAAGAUGAAGUUUAUGAAGGCGGGGGAGAGCUCUGGAAUAGAGCUGUGCGACACAUACCUGAGCCAUGUGGAUGUGCUGAAGAUGCUGGCUAAGGCACACUUCCAUGGCCUGCCGUCCAUACAGGAGCUACAGUCUAAGGACAAGGCUAGGCGGCUGAGGGACAGGUUGAUCGAGGACGAGCGCCUGGACUUGGCCAUGGACUUCUCCACUAAAUGUGGGCUGGACUCUGCAGGCGUGUGGGCGGCCUGGGGCAUGGCCUACCUCAGGACAGGAAACUACCAAGGUGCAAGGGAGAAAUUCAGCAGGUGUUUGAAGCCCCCCUCAGAUGUGAAUAUGAUCAGCCAUAGCUCCAAGAUGCUGACAGGGAUUCUUCAGUGCCUGGAGUCCACCUCCACUGCCACUCUGGCUCCAAGCAGGGACCUUGUCAAGAACCCCUAUCUGGGUCUGUCUGGACGCGACAGGGCCUCUCAGCUGUCUGACCAGAUGUUCCAGGAAUGUCUGUACUACCUGCGGACAUACGGGACGCACCUGGACCUCAUCAACUUCUACUACAGCUGUAACAAGCUGCCCAAGGCUGUCAAAUACAUUCUGGACAAGCACUGCUCUCCAGAAGUGUUCAUCGAGGGUCUGCUGGUUCCCUGCCUGAGUCGAGCCCAGCUGCCCAAGCUGCAGGACCAGAUGGUGAUGUUUGAUCCCACCCUGACCAAGUGGGCCACUUACCUAACUGCUGCCUGUCGUCACCUCAACAAGAACAAUCGCAACUACAGCUUGUACCAGUUUCAGAUAUUCAUGAAGGACUAUGUACGAGCUGCCAUGACCUGCAUCAGGUUCUUCUCAGCCAGAGCCAGUACCUACACUGAGCUGUUCGACAGGCUGCAUCACUUAGCCAGUGCCAAGCAGCACCUUACAAAUGUCCUAGAGGAACAGCACAGUGACAGCAUGGGCAGCAAGACAGCUGGCGGCCACAGCCCUGUGCUGACAGGACAGUCAGCUGGCUGGGGGGAGGACAGUAAAGAACCAAGUAUGAAAAUGGCCAUGAGCAGACCAGAGCUGAACAGACACAUCAACACGAUCACCCUUCAGACGGACGUGACCAAGUUCCUUCACCGUUGUACGACCCUAUCACAAAAGGGCGCGCCCAGUGUGGCGGGGGAGGUGGCCAGUCCUGGAAGCCUCCCCUCACUCUUCGGUAACAACAAGAUCAAGUCUGAGGUCGCAUGCAUGGUCCUACUUGCUGGAACUCACAUCCAGGAUGGGUUUGGGCUUGCUUUCAGGAUCAUCCAGGACUUCCACCUGAAUGGCACCCUGGUGUACAUCCAGGCUGGCAGGACCCUGGCCAAACAGAGGCAGUACAAGGAGAUCAGCCAGCUGCUGCAGUGUGUGGAGGAGUCAGGGCUGUCCGACGAGCAGAGCUGGGACGAGAUCAUCGGAGCUUGUCUCUUAGUGGUGGCCGAUGACCCCGGACAGUCAAAGGAAGCUGAAAGCUUGAUCAAGAGAAUCAGAAGUGAUGCCAACAAGAUCAACGCCUAUAUCCUGUGUGGAAAGCUGAAGUCUGCAUACCUGAUCGCGGUGCGUGGCGAGCGUGUGGACGACAUCCGGCGGAUCGCCGGUACGGCGGAGCGACACGGGCAGUCUGCGGUGAAGAGCAUUUGCGACAAGUGGCUGCUGGGAUGGGAGGAGAAGAGGCAGAAGGAACGGCAGCAGCAGGAGCUGCUCAGGAACGUCAGGAGAAAAUAACACGUCGUCACUUAAGCCGGGUUCACUAAUCUCCAA